AUGGUUGGACGGCUUUCGUCACUGGCGGCUCUAGCCAUCACGGCCUCCGUCGCUGUAGCCACCCCUGCAUCAUCAACAUAUGCUGUCCUCUCAACCACUUGCAAUGGCAAGUCGUAUACUUAUAAUGAACUCGCUGGCUACGGCUUCGUACCAAGCGCUGCUCGAGACAAGUAUGGCGACACCAUUAGCCUUGGAUCUUCCAUCGCUUUUGCGUCUUGGGCCAAAAAGGGUUCCAAAUACCAAGGAAAAUUAUACGGCUUGCCAGACCGCGGAUGGAACACAAACGGCACUGUCAAUUUUCAACCCCGCAUUCACGAGUUCACCGUGACGUUGACCUUGGCUUCUGGAGCUACCAUUCAGGAUCCUUCGCCUCCAAACGUCGCCUUUGUCUAUGAGGACACCAUCUUGCUUACAGGACCAGAUGGUAAACCCAUGACUGGCCUGGAUGCGGACCAGACGGGUGGCCUAGAAUAUCCUGGUUUUCCUACCCUACCCGCUGCCACCUACACUGGGGACGGAUUUGGUGGCGAUGGCUCCGGUGGUAAGCGUGCUACGCUUGACGCCGAGGCAUUGGUUCUCGCGGAAGACGGGGGAUUCUGGAUUAGUGAUGAGUACGGUCCGUAUAUCUACAAGUUCGACAAGAAGGGGAAAAUGACCGUCGCCGUCGCGCCGCCCGACGCCAUUCUUCCUUUGAGAAACGGAUCUGUGAGCUUCUCCUCAGACAACCCUCCUCUAUACAACCCCGGAAAGGAACCUGUGCCCUCCAACCCCACGCAGGGCCGCCAAAACAACCAGGGCUUUGAGGGAAUGACAGCCAGCCCAGAUGGCAAGUCCCUCUGGGUGCUUCUUCAAUCUGCCGCACUUCAGGAAGGUGGUCAAGCGAAGAAGACUCGUCGGUACUCUCGUCUCUUGCAGUACUCGAUCAAGGAUGGCAAGGGUGGACAUGGCCAUACUCCAACUCCUGUCUAUAAGGCCGAGUAUGUUGUUCCGUUGCCGACCUUUACGGACGCGAGCGGCAAGAAGCUCGUUGCAGCCCAGUCCGAGAUGCACUUUGUGUCGGACAAACAAUUUUUCUUCCUCCCGAGAGACUCGAACAAUGGACAUGGGAUGUCGAGCUCGGAGUCUGUUUACCGACACAUUGAUAUCUUCGACAUUUCCGCAGCCACAAAUGUGAAAAGUGCGACACAUGAUGGUUUCAGCGACACAAUCGCUAGCUCAGAUGGUGUUCUCGAUGACAAUAUUGUACCUGCCACAGUCUGUCCUUUUCUCGACUUCAAUAUCAACUCGCAACUCAAUCGCUUCGGGAUGCAUAACGGAGGCUCUCAGGAUGGCGCGCUCCUGAACGAAAAAUGGGAAGGUAUUGCUCUAGUUCCAGUCGAUCGCAAAGAUCGCACUGGGAACUCUGAUGGUGAUGAGUAUUUCCUGUUCGCUUCAUCUGACAAUGACUUUGUCACUCAGAACGGCUUCAUGAACUUUGGUCGAACCCCGUUUUCAGAUGAGUCAGGAUAUGAUCUUGAUAAUCAGAUGCUGGUCUUCAGAGUCACUCUUCCAAAGGGUAGCAAGCCCUUGGUCGGUUAA